CGAGCGGGGAGCCUAGACAGGCCGCUUUGGGGUGGCGUUACCCUCCCUCCCGGCCGAGGCAGGGAGCCCCGUGUCCCCCCCGCAGGCCCUAACCCAUGGUGGUGGGGGGGGGGACACGGGCGCGGCCCGCGGUGUUUCGUCCGCCCGCGGCCGCCGUAGCGGCUCCCGGAAGUGUCUCCAUGGAGACGGAAAGAGCCCGGGCCCGGCUGGGGCCGUGAUGGAGAAAUACGAGCGGAUCCGGGUGGUGGGGAGAGGGGCCUUCGGCAUCGUGCACCUGUGCCUGCGCAAGGCCGACCAGAAGCUGGUGAUCCUGAAGCAGAUCCCGGUGGAGCAGAUGAGCAAGGACGAGCGGCUGGCGGCGCAGAAUGAAUGCCAGGUCCUCAAGCUGCUCAGCCACCCCAACGUCAUCGAGUACUACGAGAACUUCCUGGAGGACAAAGCGCUCAUGAUCGCCAUGGAGUACGCCCCAGGGGGCACGCUAGCUGAGUUUAUUCAUAAGCGCUGUAACUCCUUGCUGGAUGAGGACACCAUCCUGCACUUCUUCGUGCAGAUCCUCCUGGCUCUCCACCACGUCCACACCAAGCAGAUCCUGCACCGCGACCUGAAGACUCAGAACAUCCUCUUGGACAAACAUCGCAUGAUUGUCAAGAUUGGAGACUUUGGCAUCUCCAAAAUCUUGAGCAGCAAGAGUAAAGCCUACACGGUUGUGGGAACUCCGUGCUACAUCUCCCCAGAACUCUGCGAAGGGAAGCCUUACAACCAGAAGAGUGAUAUCUGGGCUUUGGGCUGUGUGCUGUACGAACUCGCCAGUCUCAAGAGGGCUUUCGAAGCUGCGAAUCUUCCUGCCUUAGUGUUGAAGAUCAUGAGCGGGACGUUUGCCCCAAUAUCGGAUAGAUAUAGCCCCGACCUGCGCCAGCUCAUCCUCAGCAUGCUGAACCUGGAUCCUUCCAAGCGACCCCAGCUGAAUGAGAUCAUGGCCCAGGCCAUCUGCAUUCGGCCUCUUCUGAACCUCUACACUGAUGUGGGCAGUGUCAAAAUGAGAAGGCCUGAAAAACCCUUGGCUCCAGUGCCAACAGUGACCCACAGCCGCACAGGAGGACGAGUGAGCAGUGCCAGACCGAGGGGUGUUCGAGGUGGUUCAGCCCGGACAGGAAUCCCUCCUCCGCUGUCAUCCAUCUACACCUGGGGGAGCGGGAUCACCACCCCGCUCCGCCUGCCCAUGCUUAACACUGAAGUGGUGCAGGUGUCUGCUGGCAGGACACAAAAGGCUGGGGUCACCAAAUCGGGGCGGCUCAUCAUGUGGGAGGCUCCCCCGAUGGGUGCUGCGGGAGGCCCUUCUCUCCCAGGAGCCACCGAGCAGCUCCAGCCUCAGUUUGUGUCCCGCUUUCUGGAGGGCCAGUCUGGUGUGACCAUCAAACACGUGUCCUGCGGUGAUCUCUUCACAGCCUGCCUCACAGACAGGGGGAUAAUUAUGACUUUCGGCAGUGGCAGCAAUGGCUGUUUGGGGCAUGGAAACUUCACGGACGUAAGCCAGCCCAAGAUCGUGGAGGCCCUGCUGGGCUACGAGAUGGUGCAGGUGGCCUGUGGCGCAUCUCACGUCCUGGCGGUUUCCAACGAACGGGAAGUGUUUGCCUGGGGCAGGGGGGAUAAUGGUCGCCUUGGGCUGGGUACCCUGGAGUGCCACAACUCCCCCCAGCAGGUCACAGUCCCACCAGAGCACGAGGCUCAGAGGGUCAUCUGCGGCAUCGAUUCUUCCAUGGUCCUCACAGUGAAGAACCAGAUUCUUGCUUGUGGGAGCAACAGGUGUAACAAGCUGGGCCUAGAUCAGAUCAGAUCAGCAGAGGAGCCUUCGCCGGAGGACCAGGUGGAAGAGGCCACCAUGUUCACGUGUGCCCAGUCGUCCCCAUUGAACCGAGAGCCGAUCGUGUGUGCUGACAUCGGUACAGCACACUCGGCUGCAGUCACAGCCUCUGGCCAGUGUUACACCUUUGGGAGCAACCAGCACGGGCAGCUGGGCACCAACUCCUGCCGCAACAGCCGCGUACCCCACCUGGUUGUGGGGCUCCAGGCAAUGAAGGUCACCGUGGUGGCUUGUGGGGAUGCCUUCACUGUGGCCAUCGGAGCAGACGGCGAGGUGUGCACAUGGGGGAAAGGAGCCAGGGGACGCCUGGGCAGGAAGGACGAGGAAACGGGAGCGCCAAAGCCAGUGCAGCUGGAGGAGACGCAUCCGUACCUGGUGACCUCCGUAGCCUGCUGCCACGGGAACACGCUGCUGGCAGUAAAGCCUGCCGUGGAAGAGUCACCAUCCCAGUGAGUUUGAGUUGAGAGGGGCCGUAUCCAGCCUCGUUGUAGAGAUGCGGAGGCACCCCCAGCCGCCCGGCAUGCCUGCCCUUGCUGCUGCCUGCUACAGCCUGGCUUGGACCUGCGUCCCCGGACUUGGAAGCUCCUCAGCUGCACUCCGAAGGCAGCAGUCUGAAACAGGGAGCUCCUAACGAUGGUUCCCAUGGAACCGGAGCUGGUCUCACUUAUUGAAUCAACGAGGGUCGCUGCGAACCUCCAGUGCCCGAGAGGUGCUGGCCUGGAUGUGCCGUGGGGCAGACGUCCCUGGAGCUCUGGUACUGCCUAACUGGGGUCGCGCUGGGGCUCUGCCCCUUCCCGCUGGAAGUGCCUGUGUAGAAGGGUGAGGAGCACAGAGGUUAUUUUCCCCCGUGGAAACUGUCUCUGGUUACAAAGCCCAGGCUGACAGCUUGGUGUCUGAGAGAGCUGUCAGCCUUUGCACAGCAGUGUCUGGAGUUAGGGCCCCAGGCGCUACACUGGGUGACUAAGUGCAAACCUCUUUUCUAAUUAGAGAAGCCUGUCCUUUCCCAUCCCCCCCUUAAAACGUUUCACCCGUUUGUUGAGCUGUUCAUCAUGCUUUCAAGGGUCCUGGCCUGCACGGCUGGCCGAACCCAGCGCGAGCAGCCUUUCUGUGCGGCACAACCCGGCUAGCUCUCCCGAAAUGCUGCCUGGAGCUUUCUAAUUACAGCCUCCCCUGGCCCCAGGAGCUCACCAGAGGAUCCUCCAGCUGACAUUUGUCCUCAGGCCCCUAAAUCCUGCUGCUGACCAGCUCACUGGCUCCCAGCUGAGCUAGCAGAAGGCAGCAAAACACAGCAAGCAAUUGUCAGUAAUUGAAGUUUUUUAACCCAGAUCUCUCCAGGGAGAUGAUGAGUUUUCACCAGGGAUUCUUUCUGCAGGGAGGAGGGGGCAUAUCACCAUGUCACAGGCAGGAGUUACAUUCUUUAUCUCCAGAAGGGUUGUUUCCUUUCCCUUUUUUUUUUUUUCCUCUUUUCUUUUUUUAACUUACAUCUGCCCUGGGCCAUUUUUUGAUGAGCUUCUGUCUCUGAUCUGUCUGACAUUGCAAAUGCUCUUGCCUUUCACAUCCAUCUUUGUGCUGUUGCCAAUCUGUUGUGUAUAAAGUCAGUGCUUUCAUAAGCUGGCUGAGAUGAAAUCUCUCUAAUUAUUUUUGUGAUUCUUUCCUGUUUUCAAUGAGGGAAACCUCACCGGUCUCUAGUAGAAGCCGACUGAUCCCUCUUGUCAUGCGAAAGGUAAUGAAUUUCUGCAGGUCUCCUGCUCUUUCCUCCCUCGUCUCCCAGGCUCUGGGGGAAGGAGCAGGUCCCGUCCAGCCAGGAGAGGCGUGUGCAGCCCUGACUGCAGACGCGGCCUCCCUGUUUGGCUCCUGGCAGGGUGGGUGCAUGGGUUUUUCCCUGCCGUUUUUGUUUCUUGUGGAGCUGCCUUUUCAGGCGGUUACACCCUGCUAUCCCAGGAAGCUGACUUGAAUUCAAAGGCUUUGCCAGUCCCUUGGCACUCGCCUUGUGCUGCAGGUUACAGGGACGGCUCUGGCAGCCUGGUGUUGGUGGAGGGGAAGGUGUUCUCUGCUCCCAGACCAUCCUGGGCACCAGGGUAAUUACAGGGCUGGGUUAAAUUGACUCGAAGCCCCUCAGGGCCACUGUCCUCCCUGCGCUGAGCUGUUGGCAGCACCGGCUCCUACAGCAACAGAUUUCUGUGUUGUGCUCAGCCCUUGGGGCUCCCCUCGCCCAUAAGAAGGGACUGGCGUUCCUGCUACAGCCUCGCCAGGGCUGAGGGCUGGCUGGGACAGCAGGCAGGCAGGACAGAGGUCUCUGCCACCCUUUGUCUUGUCAAUGGUGGCACCAAAAUGCCACCGCUCCAGGGGACGCGCAGCCCGGAGAGCUGGGCUCUCCCUGCUCCAGGUGAGCCUCCUGGCAACCCCACCCUGUUCCCACUGAUGUGCUGGUGUUAGGUGGGUUUUUAUGGCUUAACAAUGCUUUUGCACAGCAGUGCUGGGGCUGGAGGUGUCACUGGCUCGAAUGUUGGGACCCUUUGCUCCAGGCAGGGGCAACCAGUGUGGACCAGUGUGCUUUGUGCUGGGCUGGGAGCUCGCAGUGAGGGCUGGAGCCCUCGGGAUUUUGCAGCCUGUGCGCUCGGUGCAGGAGUUCAGCUGUGAAGCCCAGCGAGAUUAUUUGAAUAAUUUAAUACCGGGCUGUGACCAAGCCUGGCGAAAGGGUAAAGGAAACAAAGAGGCCCCCAGCCCCGAGCAACAAUAGCUCUUGAAACGACAAGCCGAGGCACGUCCGUGCUGCCCGAGGCAGAGAGCAGCCCGGGCAAAUAGGCCAGUUGCAUUCCUCACGUCUGCUGCUUUGUUUCCCUGCAGAAGCUCCCGAUGAAAACUGCAGGUCUCAGGGCUUCUCCCUUGUUUUGUUCCCGCGUCCUGUGGAGCUGGUGGUGGAUCAGCCGCGUCCCCAUGGCUCUUCCUGCUAAGGAAGGCAGGGCCAGAAGGGAGAGGGUAGGAGAGGUGAUGCAGGGAUGAGGCUGCCUGGUCCCAUCUUGUGCAUCCUGGCCACUGCAGAUCCCCUCUGGUCGUUGUCACCCAGGGAAAGCCCAUCCCUGUUCCUGUGCCCGAUAAGAUCCCGCUGACCUGGGGCCAUCGCUGUCAGCAGGAAAGAGCCCGAACCUCCUGCUGAUCCCGGAGCUGGUUUGAUUCGAUUCUGGCACUCUGUCGUGGUUGUAUCCCCGUUCCCACGAGGCUUGGCAGGAGGUGCAGCUGCCGUCCAUCUGUCCAGGUGCCUCGCUCCCCUUACCCGCCGCCUUCCCUGGGCACGAGUCCCCAGAAGCAGGGAGAGGACUCUCUCCGCUCCUUUCCCCCGGGGCGAAAUGCUCCACCUUAACUUCUUUAGAAGCGAAGCGUUUGUUUACUGUCCCUCCAGUUUAAGUUAAAUGCAAGGCUGAGGGAUGGAGCAGGGGUGCAGGGCAGGGAGAGGCCAGGGGAAGAAGGCAGGAGGCCUCCCCGAGCCCAGAUGGGUUCAAGGACUGACCCGUCCCAGGGGACAGAGAACAUAUCGCCUCCACAAAGGGAAUGACACUGCCCGGAGGUUGCACGUCGCCUUUGUGUGAGACAAAUGCCUGGCUGUGGUGGUGUGUGCGGAGAGGGUGUUCAUUAGGGAAAG